AUGGGACUUCAUCUAUCACGCUCGACACGGCUGAGCGUUGUGAUUGGCAUAUCGACAUCUUUCUUUCUGGCUGAGAUUUCGCUGGGCUUCUAUACCCACUCUAUUGCACUGAUUGCGGAUGCUUUUCACUAUCUGAAUGAUUUAGUUGGGUUUAUUAUUGCUCUUGUUGCAUUAAAGAAAUCCGAGCGCAGUGACUCGCCCAAGGAGCUUACUUUUGGUUGGCAGCGGGCUCAGCUGCUCGGUGCCUUUUUCAAUGGUGUUCUUCUGUUGGGGUUGGGUAUUAGUAUAUUUUUGCAGUCCAUUGAGCGAUUUAUUGCUCUUCAACAUGUUCACAAUCCCAAGCUGAUGUUCAUCAUUGGGUGUGUCGGAUUGGGCCUCAAUAUUAUCAGCGCAGUCUUCCUUCACGAACAUGGAAAUGGACAUGAACACAGUCAUGACCAUAGCCUAUCACCCACAAUUGAGACACCGGUUCUUCACCUCGGCGAGGAAUGCCAUAAUUCCAGCACCAAGCAUGACGAUCACAAACAUCUUCAUUUCGAAAAACAUCACUGCGCAGACUCAGGCGGCCACAGCCAUGGCCAUGGCGGCCAUGACCACGGUGAUCUGGGCAUGAUGGGAGUGAUGAUCCACGUCAUCGGCGAUGCAAUCAACAACUUGGGCGUAAUGGCAGCCGGUCUGAUUAUCUGGCUCGCGGCACCCCAUGCCGGCCGAUACUAUGCCGAUCCCGGUGUGAGCAUGUUCAUUGCCAUCCUCAUUAUUCUGUCUUCAUUCCCCCUGAUGCGUCGAGCCGGGAUGAUCCUGCUAGAGAGCGUGCCCACAGGGGUUGACAUGUGCGAUGUCAAGCACGACCUAGAAAAGAUCAAGGGCGUCAACUCAAUCCACGAACUCCACAUCUGGCGCCUCAACCAACAAAAGACCCUCGCCUCAGUACACGUCGUCGUGUCUGAGGACUCGGUCGAGGACUUUAUGAAGACAGCGCGCGUGAUCAACGAGUGUUUCCACGCCUAUGGAAUUCACUCGAUUACACUGCAGCCUGAGCUGUCGGAGGAAGUUGAUGUUUCGCAUGAAUCUUCCCGGUGUCAGGUUAUCUGCGGCACUCUAUGCGAGCAGUUGACUUGCUGUGGAUAA